UUUGGCCAAGUGCAUAUGAAUGUACAUUAUGAGGAAUGUAUUAGAGUGAGAUACUCACAGGGACUGUACACUGCAUUCUUUAACACUCAUGGAUAUGAGAUUGUAUUCAUGUGUCAGCAUCUGUGUGUCUGUGUGUGGUGUCAGCAGUGGUAAACACUUCAUCUUAAGGCAGGGUCCUGGAGAGAGGCCAGCAGGGUUAGUGAUCCUCUACCCUCUCCCACCUCUCCAGUCCAUAUUUCCGGCUUUGAAAGAGGACUCGAACCAACACACAACAUACCAGACAGCAAGACUUUUGCACUCAGGCUUUACAAGUUUAUCUUUAAAAGCUGUACUUUGUCUCCUCCUGCUUCAUUUGUAGUCUGUCUGUGACUUUCCAUCUCUGCUAAUUUGUGGGUUUUUCAUCUUCCUUGACUCCAUUUUAUUUUAUAUGGUGUAAAGUACAAUGGCUCUUGGGACACUACAUCCAGAAGUGAAAAGUUCCCUGAGUGGGAGUGCAUUUCUUGACCGCUGCUCUAUAGGAGAACCUCCACCUCCACUCCGGAGCUACCUUUGGUUCACUAUUUUUACCUGUUUUUGUCCGGCUUAUCCUGUCAACAUUGUCGCCCUGGUCUUCUCUGUCAUGUCCAGAUACAGUUAUUAUCAUGGUGACUAUGAUGGAUCCAGACGACUGGGCAGGAACGCUCUCUUUGUCGCUAUUGCUUCAUUUUUCAUUGGCCUCAUCAUCAUCGCUGUCACCUGCAUCGUUCACUUCACCAACAUGGAUUUCUAGUUCUGUGAAAACAGAGAGAGGGCGAAAAGAAAUGAAAACCUGAUGAAGUGCUGAUCUGUGAAUGUUCUGCGGUCCUCAGUUCAUCUGAAACAGGACUCUGCAAAUCGGUACAUCAUCCCCUCUCAUGUUUCUUGUUCUUCAAAUGGACAGUAUAAGGUUGUAAGAUCAAUAAAAUGAAAAGUGCUUUGAAUAACUGUUAAAGGCAGCUUUCUACAAAUAUGUAAAGAAAUCUCAGCAAUUUCCUGAUAGGACCCACACCUGAGAAAAUGUGUUUUACUGUUGUUUUUAGGU